CAAAUUUCCAUCAGCCUAGCACAGCGCUAGACGCAACCAAACUCAAUUUUUCCUAUUCGUUGUUAUUUUGAAAUUAGUUUUGGAUUUUGUUGUGCGCGAUAGUCGUUAUCCACGAAAAAAUUAUUAACCAACAUGAGUAUUGUGAAACGGAAAAGGUUGAUGGAUUGCAAGAAAGGCAAAGCUAAUGUCAAUGGAUCAAUAUUAUUAAGCAACACAUACGAAAAAGUAUUUAAGGAAUCAAUUGACAAUCCAGAAUCUUUCUGGGCCAAUGCAGGAACACUGGUCAGCUGGUCCAAGCCCUGGAAAAGGGUUUUAGACAAUAGUAGGGAACCGUUUACCAGAUGGUACGUUGGCGGAGAAAUUAACGCCUGUCACAACGCUAUUGACAGGCAUGUUGAAGCUGGCAGAGGUUCCAAGGUAGCUCUUAUUUACGAUAGUCCCUGCACUGGCGUUUCCAGAAAAAUUACUUACUCAGAGUUACAAGAAAAAGUUUCGAAGCUCGCUGGAUUGCUCGCCCGAUAUGGAGUAACAAAAGGCGAUACUGUUAUCAUAUAUAUGCCUUUAAUUCCAGAAACUGUUAUGGCUAUGUUAGCUGUAGCCAGACUUGGCGCAGUACAUUCUGUUGUUUUUGGAGGAUUUGCUGCUACAGAGUUAAGUACCAGGAUUGAUCAUGCUGAGCCAAAGAUAAUUAUUGCUGCGAGUUGUGGAAUUGAGCCAAAUAGAGUCUUGGACUACAUGUCCGAAUUAAACCACGCCAUAAGCAUUUCAAUUCACAAACCUAAGAAGUGCCUGGUACUUCAAAGAAAGUCUGUUUUUAUUGCUGAUUUGGAUCCAGAAAGGGACGUUGAUUGGGAAGAAGCCAUCAAAAAUGUUGAAAGCGUUCCGUGCGUACCAGUCGAAGCCAACGAGCCAUUGUAUAUAUUAUAUACUUCAGGGACAACAGGAGAACCCAAAGGUGUUCAAAGACCCAUAGGUGGACACUUGGUUGCAUUAGCUUUUACCAUGCAAACGUUAUAUGGAAUGAGUCCCAACGAUGUUUGGUGGUCUACCAGUGAUUUUGGUUGGGUCGUGGGCCAUUCUUAUAUGUGCUAUGGUCCAUUAGUUUAUGGUAUGACUAGCAUAAUAUAUGAAGGAAAACCUACGACUACACCUGAUCCAAGCUCAUAUUACAGAAUUAUUAAUGAGUACAAAGUCAACGCGAUCUUUACCAUACCUACUGCUCUAAGAAUACUGAAAGAAGUAGAUCCAGAAGCUAAAUUUGGAGCAGAAUAUGAUAUUUCUAGUUUGAAAACCAUUUGGGUGGCUGGAGAACAUUCGGAUAUGUCUUCGAAAAUUUGGGCUGAAAAAAUAUUUAAUGUUCCCAUUUACAAUCACUGGUGGCAAACCGAGACCGGUUCUGCUAUUUCUGGGACAUGUUUGGGAUUGGCUAAUCCCUGUCACGAUAGCAUGCUGACUACUGGUUUGCCAUUUCCUGGAUAUAAUGUACAAGUAUUGCUUAGAGAUGGCAGUCCUGCAAAAACAAAUGAACUUGGUAGAAUAGCAGUUAAGCUUCCGUUACCUCCUGGAGCAUUGUCAACUUUGUAUAAAGCUGAUAAUCGAUUUUAUGAGACGUACUUUACAAAAUACGCUGGGUUCUAUGACACAAUGGACGCAGGAUAUAUAGACGAAAACGGUCUUGUCUACGUCACUGCUAGAGCAGAUGAUGUUAUAAACGUAGCUGGUCAUAGAUUAUCCACUCUAGCUAUAGAAGACAUAAUUCUAUCUCACCCAGACAUUUGCAACGCUUGCGUGGUUUCAGUACCGGAUAAGAUCAAGAAUGAAGUACCUCUGUGCCUGUUUGUUGCGAAGAAAGAUGCUCUUCUGGACGACUACAUAAUAGCCGAAGAAUUAACAGCAAUGGUUAGGGAACACAUGGGUCCAGUUGCUUCAUUCCGAUUGGCUGUUAGUGUCAGAGGGUUGCCAACCACUAGAUCUGGAAAAAUCUGUCGGAAGUCCAUUGCUGAUUUAGCUAGAAAUAAAAUGAAGAAGAUUCCUGGGACUGUCUUAGAUCCAACAGUAUAUCCAGAAAUUGAAGAAGCCCUUAAGAAACUUGGUUUUUGUUCCUAGAUAAUAAUAAUUGUGUUCAGGUUGAUUUAGUUCAAAAAUAUUAUAUAAAUCAUAUUUCAUUAGUCAAGUUCAGAUUUACAAAAAAUUAAAACUACAAAAAUGCUAAGAGGGAUUUUUUAACAGGCGUGUAUGACCUAAUUUUAAUCAAAACAUUUCUGUCUUGAAGAACAGUUUUCCAAUUAAAUUUUUAGUGAUGAAUAUA